AUGCAUCUUUCCCGUCUACUCCCCCUCAGUCUCGUGGCUUCUGUCUCGGCUCAGUCUUUGGCGUCCAUUCUUGAAGCUAACAACGCCACACUCAGCACUCUCACUAAUCUCCUCACCCUCGUCCCGGAUGUUGUCCAGGCGCUCUCGACGGCCCAAAACGUCACAGUCCUGGCCCCGUCCGACACUGCCUUUGCCAAUCUUCUGGCUAGAAAUCCCAAAUCAGCAGAGCUGAUGAACAACCCCAGGGCUUUGGCUGGUGUACUGCAAUACCAUGUGCUAGUGGGAAAAUUGUUGUCCAGCGCCUUCUCGGCCACCCCACAGUUCCCCUCGACUUUGCUGGGAGCACCAUUCACCAACGUCACCGGGGGGCAAAGAGUUGGACUAGUGACGGUAGAUGGCUCUGCGACAAUACUCUCGGGUUUCAAGCAAGCCGCCAAAGUGGUCACUCCUGACGUCGCAUUCGACGGCGGCAACAUCGUCCACGUCAUCGAUACCGUUCUCACCGUACCCGCAAACCCCGGGCAAACCGCCAUCAACACCGGACUAACGUCCCUCGCAGGCGCACUCACCGCCGCCAACUUAGUCGACGCCGUCAACGGCCUCACAGACGUCACAAUAUUCGCUCCAUCAAACGACGCCUUCAAGGCGAUCGGGUCUGCGCUGGGCUCGCUGUCGGUCGAGGACCUCACGAGCAUCUUGGGAUUCCAUGUGUUGCCGGGGCAGCUGCAGUUCAGCCCCGAUCUUCUAAGUGCCGACCAGAUUACGCUGGCGACGCUCCAGGGGCAGAAUGUUACCGUUCGCCGGGAUGGCACGCAGGUUUUUGUCAACUCGGCAAAGGUUGUGCUGGCGGAUGUGUUGACGAGUAAUGGAGUUGUGCACGUGUUGGAUAAUGUUCUGAACCCAGCCAAUAUUUCGGCUACUCCAGACCCGGCCGCUGCCACACAAGCACCUGCGUUUGAGGGGGUCGCGGCUGUAGCAGAUGCUCCGUUGACUUCGGGUAUCACAAAAAGCACCAACCUGGAUUCAUUGAAAAACAUGAAAAAUCUUGGAACACCCGGUCCCGCCUUCACCCUCAGAAAACAGAAAAUCCUUUCCCAGCUCGCCCUGCCCGAUGAGCAAUACACCGAUGCCUCCCCCAAGGGCUCAGUCGAUGUCCGCAUCCGUGCCCUAAUCGACCAGAUCAACACCACCUACGCGGGUCUUGUCACAACGAGUAGUUGUGCGGGCAGAGUCAGUGUAUACCUCGAGGGCCGGAAAGCGGCUGUGUCGAGCACGGCUGGGGAGAGGGACGGUGGCGCUGCGGGUGGGAGGGUUGUUGUUGAGGAUGAAGGCGGCCGGUCGAUGGAGGUGGCAGCGGUUGUCGGGAGUGGAAGUGGGAAUGGUAGUGUGGCGAGUGGGAGUGCGAGCUCUGCUGGUGGGAAGGGGGGCGGGGAGUGGCUAUUUGUGUCUCAUGACCCAAUACAGACCCGGGAGUACCGUGCUGGGGUUGCUGAGGAAGGGUAUGAGAAGCUACUGUUAGGUGGAAACGGGGGGUUACCAACCGGAGGGAGCGGCUUGGAUGACGCGGCGAGGCUCAUCCACUUCAAGUUCGAACCAAUGAUAUUACAUAUACUGACUGCGUCCCUUGAGCAUGCGCAGCUGGUAGUCCAGGCUGGUAUGGAGGCUGGGUUCCGCGAAACUGGUGCUGUGAGCCUCCUCGCGCGGCAGCCAGACGAAGAAGCGACGCCGAUGGUGGCCGUGCGGUCUAUGGGCUUGUCUUUCGAGUCUCUCAUCGGGGCAGAAACAAACGGCGUUCGCCAGUUGACCGUUUCCCCUGAGUACCUAGAAACUCUUGUGCGGAUAUCCAACGAGAGGUUCGCAGAGAACGACAAGAGGAUUGCGAGAUUUAGCGCGGCGCUGGAGGCAGCUUUCACACCUCCGAAAGGCAAAGAUGACUGGGAGGAUGCGCAAGUAAGGAGGGAGCGUAAACGGCUAGAGGGGCUCCGACGCCGAGAAGAGCUGAAAAAGGAGAUAGCCGUGAAGACAGAAGCUCCCACCAUAGAAUCCCUGCAACUAAAUAUUGCUUAG